UUUUGUGUGAAUUGUACGGUUGAAUAAAUAAAGUUGAGCAAAAUAUAGAUUCGGAGAGUUUUCAUUUAAUUAAGAAUUUUGAUUGUAUAAACUGAAGUGUUAUAAAAAAUCUCGUUAGGUGCGAGGUAUAAAAAACUUGGAGUUAUUACCGAUAUUUUGAUGUUCUAGGAAAUUACAUUGGAGUGUCGCAAAUAAGAGUGAGUUACAAUUAAUUACAAAGUGGCAACAAACGGAAAUUAACUAAAUUACAAAUAGGCUUGGGGACAAGUGUCCAUGGUCAAAUAUAAUAAUAUUAUCUAAGUUCAGUUAAACCUGGACUAAAGCUCAUUGAUAUCCAAAGAUGGCAAAAAUGGAAGUCGAUGAUGUUGUAGAUUUAAGCCUUGGCUCUAGUCGGGAUCCAGCACUUACAAUAACUUCAGCAGCAAUUCGGGACGUUCGCGUUUUAUCGCAAAAUUCAGGUCUAACUAUUACCCCUGCAUCAUCCCUGCUCAACACAAAUUCAACUAGUGCAGAAUUAGCAUUGCAGGAAGAAAAUAAAGUGCAACGUCGUGUUCUUAGGCCACGGACUGAACCAAAGUCCUACGCAGAGGCACCAGAUAUAGUUUUAUUACCAGCACGCUUGAAUGGUCGACAACAUAACGGCAACAUAGAUUCUGAAACAGAUGAUGAAGAUUCGGCCUCAUAUGUUCCGAUUAAAGAAUUGUCUCCUGCUGAAAUUGAAGAACGUGAAAAGGGUUUGCGUAAACUUCGAGAGGAUCUGCGAAAUGAAGAAACCAAAUUAGUGUUGCUUAAAAAACUUAAGCAGUCGCAGCACGUAAUGAAGGAGAAUUUAGCACUUACACCCGCAACUUCCUCGAGCAAUCCCAUGAGCAUUAUCCCAACUGCACUAACUUCAAAGGGUUCGUUAAGUGUAACACCUACAUCGGUAGUAUCUGUGUCGAACCAUGCAAAAGGUCGUUCUAAUACAGUAAAUAUAAAUACAACAAACAGUCGUAAUUCAGUGCCGUCUCCAUGUACAAUGGCAACUUCAUCCGCAUCAUUUAAUCGCACGAGCUCUUCAGUGCUUCCACCGCCUCGAUCAUCUCUGCCAGGAGGAACAACGUUGACUUCAGGCAAUUCAAAUUCGUCUCAUAGGAUUCACUCCCGUUCCAAUCUUCCGAACCUUACAAUUACUCCUUCAGUUACUAUUACGCCGACUACGGCACCACCUUCUGGAGUGAAACCACGCAAUACCAAUAUUAAUGAAACUUCAAAAAUAUCUGGGAUGAUAAAUAACUCAGUUUCCAUUACACCUGCUUCAACAACCCUCCUACAACAAAAUCAGCAGCAACAGCAAUCGGAUUUAAAGAAUGACCGCAGUGCGCCUCGUGAUGAAGCACUUACACCGGCACAGAGGCAAGCAGCCGCAAAAUUAGCAUUGCGAAAGCAGCUGGAGAAAACGCUUUUACAAAUACCGCCUCCAAAGCCACCUCCACCGGAAAUGCACUUCAUACCCAAUCCAAGUAAUACUGAAUUUGUAUAUUUACUUGGUUUGGAAACAGUGGUGGAUUAUUUAACAACUAACAAUAAAAAAUCAGUUGCAGUAGUUCCACCUUUCCAUUGCGCUCAGUGCAAAAUCGAUUUCACUCCUGUCUGGAAAUGGGAUAAGCAGGGAAAUAAAGAUCCAAAAGUGAUUUGUGAGCAGUGCGUUACAACUAAUGUUAAGAAGGCUUUAAAGGCCGAACACACAAAUCGACUAAAACAGGCAUUUGUCAAAGCUCUUCAACAGGAACAAGAAAUUGAACAGCGACUAACUAGUCAAGGUAGUCCAUCACCUGUAGAUGCUCAUGGUUCAUCGGCACAAUCUCCACUUCAGCAGCAACCACUACUACAGUUACACCAGCAGCAACAAGCUACACCUAGUGCGCUAGCUAAUUUGCCGCCUUCAGUAACCGUCAUUCCUACAAAAUGUCAUACACCUACACCCAGUGUUGCGUCACGUCCCACACCGCCACCAUGCAUCCAACAAACGCCCACCCCUCCACCAUCCACUACCCCACGUUCUUCACGCAACCAACAGGCAGCAUCACAGCCCACGCCAAAUCCAACAAACCAAAUACAACACCGUGAGCGCGACCAGGUGCAACAGCAGCAGCAGCAAUAUGAUAAAUACACCACUGCAGCGCUGGCCGCUGCUGCUGCUCAACUUAGUGCGCUUGGGAGUUUACCUGGCUUGAACAAUCUUGCUAGUAUAAGCGGUUUAAGCAAUCUUGGUCAACUGGGCAAUUUUUCAGCAUUAGGAGGAUUAUCGAACAUAUCUACAGCUGGGGCUGCGAAUUCGUCAGUUAGCGGCCUGGGAAAUGCAUCUUCGGCCGCUCAAGCAGCAGCUUUCCAAGCAUUCCAGCAGCAACUUCUUCGAGCUUUGGGUCAAGGCUUAGCUGCUAAUCCGCAACAUAUGAUGCAGUUUACACCACUUCUGUAUUCGUAUCAAAUGGCGAUGGCUCAGGCGGCACAAGUAGCAGCUUUCACUAACAAGAAGAACUCAUCUUCCUCGUCUUCAAAAAAUCAAGCUUCUAAUUUGGCCGACAUACAACGCGCUGCCGAGCUUCAAAGGCAAUAUUUAAUGGAAAUGAUACCGCCCCCACAGGCUCCAGGAACAAAUAACAAUCGUCAAAAUAAUUGGAAAACCUAAACGUCCAUUAGACUGCAAAAUAUUUUUCUGUAGUCUGACUCUACAACAAUUUUAAAAUCUAAUUAUAGAAGUAGAGCAUUAAAAAAACUGAUUGUAAUGCUCCCCAACUGCAAAAAUGAUAAUAAUAAUAAUAAACUAUUGGCGUACGUGGAUGUAGGUAAAGGCUCAAAAUAGGUCUUAUUUAAUAUUUAACUUGUUUUUUUAUUUUUAUUCUUGUAAUGUAAGUAUAUACAUAUAAUAUAUGCCCGCAUAUGUUAAUCGAAA